GGGGCCAGAAGAGCAAUGGCGGCGAGUGGCGGAGGCCGCCGCGACCUGGCCCAGUCCGGGAUUCCCUGUGCUUUCUCUCCGCGGGGCCAGCAUUACUUCUCGUUAGCCGGUCCGGAUGGUCACUUGCGGGUGUGGGAGACAGCCAGCAGCCGCCUCCACCAGGACUUCGUUCCUUCCGCUCACCUCAGCGCCACCUGCACCUGCCUGGCCUGGGCCCCGCCGCGGUCGCUGGCCAAGGAAGGUCCCCAGAGGAAAAAAAGGAAAUCUGAAGCUGUAGGAAACAGUGACCAAGUUGACCUGUUGGCCAUCGGUACAGCGUUCGGUAGCAUUUUAUUAUACAACACGGUGAAAGGAGAGUUACAGAGCAGACUAGUAAGCGGUGGACAUGACAAUAAAGUAAACUGCAUACAAUGGCACCAAGAUAAUGAUUGUUUGUAUAGCUGUUCAGAUGAUAAACAUAUUGUGGAAUGGAAUACACAGACUUGCAGAGUAAAGUGCAAAUGGAAAGGUGACAUCAGCAGUGUCAGUGCUUUGUGCAUCAGCCCUGAUGGGAAAAUGUUGCUUUCGGCUGGUCGAACUAUCAAACUAUGGGAUUUGGAGACUAAAGAAGUCUAUAGACAUUUCACAGGUCAUGCAACAUCUGUUUCAUCACAUUUCACAACUAUAAGACCUCCUAAUGAAAGUCAGCCCUUUGACGGAAUUACUGGCCUUUAUUUCUUGUCUGGAGCAGUACAUGACCGGUUACUUAACGUGUGGCAAGUUCGGUCAGAAAAUAAAGAGAAGAAUGCAGUGAUGUCUUUUACAGUUACUGAUGAACCAGUGUACAUUGACCUGACUCUGUCAGAAAACAAAGAGGAGCCUGUAAAGUUAGCUGUUGUUUGCAGAGAUGGACAAGUCCAUUUAUUUGAACACGUAUUAAACGGAUACUGCAAAAAGCCUUUGACUUCGAAUUGCACUAUUCAGAUUGCAACAUCUGGGAAAGACAAAGAAUCAACACCAACACCUAUCCCAAUUCUAGCAGCAGCUUUUUGUUCAGACAAGCAGUCUUUGCUACUUGUAUAUGGCAGUCAUUUGCAGCCAGCUAUUGAAAGAGUGUCUUUGAACUCCAGAGAACCCCAUAUGUGUCUGAUAAGAGAUGUCAAUUGUUGGACUCCAAAAAUAGGAAUAGCUGUAACAAAGGUAAGAACACCCAUGAUGAAUUCAGAGGCCAAAGUUUUAGGCCCUGGGAUUCCUGGACAUCAUGCAGCCAUCAAACCUACACUGGAGACAGAGAAAACAGAAAGUAAAAGGAGAUUAAAGGAGAAGGAGCAAGUUAGCAUUGAAGAGCGAUUGGGAGCGAUGGACAUAGACACCACGAAAGAAAAAAGAAAAGGGGACCUAAAGGCGGACAGCUACCCUCUUCUGGUGCAGGGCCUAGAGAGUAACGACUGCUAUAUGCUAAAUAAAGUACUUCAAACAAGAAAGGAUACCUUAAUAAGAAACACCGUGUUAAGAAUUCCAGUAUAUGCUGUUAUUCCUUUAUUGAAUGAGCUUACUAAGAGGCUGCAAGGACAUCCCAAUAGUGCUGUACUUAUGGUUCCAUGGUUAAAAUCUGUGUUAACCAUACAUGCAUCUUAUCUGUCCACAUUGCCUGACCUGGUACCCCAGUUGGGGAUGUUAUACCAGUUGAUGGAGAGCAGAGUCAAAACCUUAAGAAAGCUCUCUCGACUGCAUGGAAAACUCAUCCUUCUCAUUACACAGGUGGCAGCAUCUGAAAAAACUCAAGGUAUACCUCCACCUGAGCAGACGGCAAAGCUGGUCUAUGAGGAAGAAUCUUCGGAAGAGGAGUCUGAUGAUGAAGUAAUGGCAGAUAAAGAUUCUGAUGAGAAUUGGGAGGAGGAUGAAGAAGAGAGAGAAAGUGAAAAGGAUGAAGAGGAAGAGGAAGAUGAUGAUCAACAAGAAAUAGAUCAGGACACAGAAAAUGGUGAGGAGAAAGAAAUGGCUCUUGAAAAAGAAAUAAAUGGAGAUUCUGAUUUGGACCCAGAAAAUGAAAGUGAAGAAGAAUGAAGAAGAAAGGAAAAAUAGGCCAAUAGAACUAUAAACUUUGGCUCACGUUGUUGAAUGCUGCCAUGUUCUCCUGGAGAGGGCAGUCUCUGUGUUUGACCUCUGUGGCAGAAUGCAGAAAGCCCUACCACCUUUCCAAAUUCAAAAUGGUGAUCUCACCAUGCCAGCCCCCUUGUCCUUCCCACCUCAAACUUAACUGUGUAAAUAAGAAUGUUUCUUUCAAUUGUUAAUAAACUUUACACAGUAAAUAGACACAUUUUUCUGCAACAUACUGACACGAUUGUCCUACAUAUCUUAUAUUUUUAUAAUAUAAUAAAGUCCUGGAAUGAUUGGUUAUAUCAAGAAUUGAGUUAAAUGAAGAUGAGGAAAUUCUCCCCCCAACCCAUUCCCCUACCAAAACCACACCCAACCUGUUCUUUGGAGGAAUCCACUCUUACUGCAGGUUGGUAUGUGUAAUCUGGUCCAGGUGUGACCUGUCCUGAGUAAACUUGGUAAGAUGUUAUGAGCAUGAGCCAAAUUUGCUUUUUUGUGUGGAAGAUGAGACAUGACAAAAAAUGAAGGUGUAGAUGUGAUUGCAAGGUUUUUAGAAAAACACCUUUUAAAUCUCUAGGAAUAGUGGCCAAAGUAAUCUUAACCAGGGGGGGCUCAAUCAUUUGGACUUAUCCUCCCACUCUACCACCACCCCACCUCCCAAACUUCCCCCCCUCAGAAAAUCUGCUAAUAUUUUUAUUUAGAUAUUUAAGUAAUUUUUUAAAAAAAAUAAUUAUGGUACUUCAAAAACCAAAAUAACCAACAUCCCUAGCCACAUGAAUGGUUCUCUGUGACUGUAGAACAUGACCAGGGAUCCAUCCAUGUUCGUUUUUAAAGCACAUGCCAACUGCCUGCACAUUGUUCUUUGGCAUUCACCUACAGUCAAAGUCAUAAAUUCACUUCAUCUUUCCACUGUCAAUUAAAUUUUUAGAACAGAGACCGUUUUUUUUUCUGUUAGCUUCAGUUAGUAAUAGUUUCAGUGGCCAUCCUAGCAACAGUUUGGUUUUUUUUAGUCCAAGGAAAGUACAUUUGUAAUUUAAUAAUUAAAUGCUUUCUUCUCUUUCUGUUACUUGAGCUUGGCAAAGUUUGGAUACUCUUUUUUUUUUCCUUGUUAAAGAAAAAAAAUUUGAACUCAAAAUUUUUUAUGUAUGUAUUAAACCAGUAUUUUUAUUUUUGUGUCCUGAAAAAGACCUUUUAGAAAUAUCAGUUGUUUAUUUGAAAACAAAAACUAGGUCAUUUAGGGCUAAGGGGAUAUUCAUUGAAACAUGGUCUCAGACAGGAAGGAAGAGCUAGGUGGAUAGGUCUUUUUUUUCCUGUGAAUAUUUAAAACAACCAUAUUUGUUAGGGACUUUUUAAUCUCAGUGGCCAAACAACAAUCUCCUUUUACUCUGCUUUAUGGAGCUGGAGCCACAUUAACAGCUUGGGCAGAGUGAAUUUGAUCUGGCCGUGGGCAUAUUGUAUGUACAGUCUAUUUGUCUAUAGAUGGAGCUGUUUAUGGCUUCCAGACCGCCAUAUUUGUAAAGUGAAUAAAUAUACGUCUUUACCCA